CCGCGAGCGGCCCCCGCCCGGCCGGGCCCUGGGCAAACAGCGCCCGGUCAAUCAUUAACCCGCCGCCGGCGCCGCGCUCCGGGGCCGCGGCGGGGCCGCAGCGGGGGGAGCCCCGAGACACCGGCGGGGGGGACCCCCGGCACCGACGCCGCUCCGCGGGAUGGCGGGACACGCAGCGGCCGGGCCCGCAGCCCAGGGGGCGGAGCGGGGGCUGCCCGCGGCCGGGACCCCCCGGCAGCGCGGGGACGGGCUCGUGGUGGUGGCGGCGGUCACCAACGCGGCCUUCGAGGGGGACCCGCCGCCCUACUCGCCCCCGGACCCCAAGAGCGUUCACCUCCUCUACCCGCCGUUCCCGGCCGGCUUCUCCCAGCAAGUGCCCGUCGUCUACCAGCCGGGGCCGGGGCCGGGGCCCUUCCCGCCCCCCGGCGUCCCGCCCGCGCCCCUGCCCUACACCACCUACGACGGGCAACCGAGCACGGGGCCAUCGCCCGCCGGCCACGGGCAGCCCCUGCCCAAGGACUACAUGGUGGAGUCGGUGCUGGUGACCAUCUUCUGCUGCCUCCUGACCGGCGUCAUCGCCCUCGUCUACUCCUACGAGACCCGGGCUGCGAUCGGCCGCGGGGACAUGGCCCAGGCAAACGUGUCAUCCAAAAAGGCCCAGUCACUGGUGCUCUUCAGCCUCCUCUUCGGGUUGUUUGCCUCCAUCAGCUGGGUCAUCUAUGUCCUGGUGGCCCUGUACCUAUGACAGGGACUCCCAGCCCCAGGGACACGGUGCCGGGGGCUCCUGGUGGCUCACCACGGCCAGGGGGACAUGGGCAGGCUGCAGCCCCCGUGUGGCAUCACCAGGGCUGCUGCGGGAAACAGGUGACCACACCACGAAGUGUUCUCGGGGCUGAGGGGCAGCAUCCGUCCUUCCUGGCGGGAUGAGGAAUCGCUCCGGAGCCGUACGUGCCUUUGCCCACCGGCUCUCAGCCCCACGAACCGCAGCACGGGCAGGAUGAACCCAAACCGAAGCGAUGGUGGUGCCGGUCCCGUGCCCUGCUGGAGCCGGCUCUGGACAUGGAGCCGCGUGGGAGCAGCAGCACCACGUACGGCACCCGGCUCUGCUGCGGGGUGUUGAAUCCCGUUGGCACGAACUGUCACUGCAAAGGGGACGGUGUCGCAGGGGGAGCAUCCUGCAGUCGGGGCUGGAGACAGAGCAAGCGCCCGAGGCAGAACGGGGAGGCCGAGGCGUGCAGAGCUCCAGGCCUGCAAGACGCCCUUACCAGUAAUAAAUAAUGUGAGAAAAUAUAAAACCACUCAUUUAGCUUCUACGGUAAUUUUGCACACACAAAUACACACACAUGCUGUAUUGCCACCUUCUUGCUGCUUCCAGAUUGAAAUAAAAUACAGGC